AGUCGCUACAUUUGCGGUGGAGACGAACACUUGCACCGGCUAUUUGGUGCGUUAUUUCUCGUAUCGGAAAAGUUCCCCCGAAGCCUUCACCGCCAUGGAUCUCCGGAUCGCCGUUAUUUUGCCGCUGGUUCUGCCCCUUGUCAGCAUUACCUCAGGCUCUCGGCCGCGCUUCGAGGACUCGGCGCCGCGGAUCGCAGAGGACCCGUCGGAUCUGAUCGUGUCAAAGGGCGAGCCGGCGACGCUGAACUGCAAGGCGGAGGGCCGUCCGGCGCCCAGCGUGGAGUGGUACAAGGACGGGGAGCGCGUGCAGACGGACCGCGAUGACCCGCGCUCCCACCGCAUGCUGCUGCCCAGCGGCGCGCUCUUCUUCCUGCGCAUCGUCCACGGCCGCCGCAGCAAGCCCGACGAGGGCGUCUACACCUGCGUCGCCCGCAACUACCUGGGAGAGGCCGUCAGCCGCAACGCCUCGCUGGAGGUGGCCAUUCUGCGUGAUGAUUUCCGGCAGGCCCCCAGUGAUGUGGUGGUGGCGGCAGGGGAGCCGGCGGUGCUGGAGUGUGUUCCCCCACGAGGACACCCCGAGCCCACCAUCACCUGGAAGAGGAACAACGUGCGCCUCAGCAGCAAGGACGGACGCAUCUCUAUGCGUGGUGGCAAACUGAUGAUCUCACACACCAGGAAGAGUGAUGCUGGAAUGUACGUGUGUGUGGGUUCCAACAUGGUGGGAGAGAGGGACAGCGACCCUGCAGAGCUGGUGGUGUUUGAGCGUCCGGUGUUCAUGAGGCGACCUGUGAAUCAGAUCGUUUUGGCGGAGGACAAUGUGGACUUCCUGUGUGAGGUCCAUGGAGAUCCUGCCCCCACCAUACGCUGGAGACGAGAGGAGGGAGAGCUGCCUCGCGGGAGGUUUGAGAUCCGCAGCGACAGCACCCUGCGUCUGCUGCGUGUGCGUGAGGAGGACGAGGGCACCUACACGUGUGUGACCGAGAACAGCGUGGGCAAGACCGAGGCGUCCGCCAUGCUGCAAGUCCAUGUUCCACCCCAGAUUGACAUAGAGCCUCGGGACCAGGAGUCCACUCAGGGGCAGAUGGUCACGUUCCGCUGCGGAACCACAGGGAACCCUCAGCCCGCCGUGUUCUGGCAGAAGGAGGGGAGCCAGAUCCUGUUAUUUCCUGGCCAGCCUCCGUCCCAGUCUGGCCGCUACUCUGUGUCCAUGAGCGGCGAGCUGAGCAUCGCUGAUGUCCACCCCGACGACGCCGGAUACUACAUCUGCCAAGCCAUCAGCGUCGCUGGCAGCACCCUCACCAAGGCCCGUCUGGAGGUGGAGAGUGACCCAUCGGAUCACUUCCCCCCCAUCAUCCGCCAGGGCCCAGCCAAUCAGACGCUGGCGCUGGGCUCCACCGCGCAGCUGCAGUGCCACGUGAUUGGUCAGCCGUUACCCAGCGUGCACUGGGAGAGGGAGGGGCAGCCCGUCCAGCUGGAGGGUCACGACCCCCGUGUUAGCCUGAUGGAGAACGGCACACUGCAGAUCACUGACUUGAAGGAGACGGACUCCGGGACCUACACCUGCAUCGCCUCCAGUCCCUCGGGGGAGUCCAACUGGAGCGGAGCGCUGGCUGUGAGAGUGAGUGGGGUGCCCCCCCCUCGCCGCCAGUCAGAGUCCAUCCAGCUCCCAGGCCCCCCCCAGAAGCCCGUGGUGACUGACGUGACCGGCAACAGCGUCACACUCACCUGGCAGCCCAACCCCCACGAGGGCGGAGCCGCCGUCACCUCGUACAUCAUCGAGGCCUUCAGCCAAUCGGAGGGCAGCACGUGGCAGACGGUGGCGGACCUGGUGGAGCAGGAGAAGCACACAGUGGGGGGGCUGUACCCCAACACCGUCUACCUGUUCAUCGUACGCGCCCUCAACUCCUACGGCCUCAGCGACCCCAGCCCCAUCUCCGAGCCCGUACGCACACUGGAUGGUGAGCCCACAGAUGAGAGUGUUGGGGUGCAGCGCAUCCAGACUGAUUUCAAAGACGCUACGGUCUUCCUGAACCCCCCCGCGGUCCUCAGCCCUACCAGCGUCCAGAUCUCCUGGACUCUGGAGGGCCAUCCUGACGCGGUGCAGGGCUACCGGCUGCUCUAUCGCCCGCGGGGCAGUGCGUGGCUGGUGCAGGACCUCAAGGCUCUGGACUCUGGGCUGCCAUACACACACACGCUCGCCGAGCUCCGCAGGGCCACCGACUACGAAGUCAAACUCAGACCUUUCUUCAGCCACGGGCAAGGCGCCGACAGCCAGCUGGUCUCCAUACGCACACCUGACGAAGUGACGAGUAGCCCUCCUCAGAACGUGCGUGUCACUCCGCUGGCCAACAGCUCUAUGGUGCGUGUGACCUGGGCUCCCCCCGCCAACCCGCAGAAUGGUAUCAUCCAGGAGUACCGGAUCUGGUGUGUGGGGAAUGACACACACACACAGGUGAACAGGAGUGUCGACGGCUCUCUCCACUCUGCACUGCUCGAGGGGCUGCUUCCUGAAGUGCUCUACCAGGUGGAGGUUGCCGCGGUAACUAGCGGAGGUGUGGGCCCUCGCAGCCGACCUGUCACGGUCUUUUACAAGCCCUCAAUCCCGGCGCUGAAUGAUGACAUCAUCAGCCUGUCGGAGCAGAUCACAGGGGUGGUGCGGCAGCCGGCGUUCAUUGCGGGCAUCGGUGGCGCAUCGUGGAUCGUUCUCAUGAGCUUCAGCGCCUGGGUCUACUGCCGCCACCGUCGCCGCAAGCAGCUCGGACACUACACCACCUCCUUCGCCUACACGCCUGCAGUGGGCUACGCUAACAGUGAGGGACUCAUCAAUGGGAGGCCAGGGAUGCUGGGCUCAGAUCUGGGAAACUACCCCUGGUUGGCGGACUCCUGGCCCAACACCAACUACACUCUCAACGGCAAGGACUCGGUCAACUGCUGUGCAGGCAAACAGGAUUCAGCUGACAGAUACUACAACACAGUGGGCAUCUCUAAGUACCUGAGCCAGGGCGAGCGGUUCAGCCCCUCGUCCAACGACGGCCCGAUCUACAGCACCAUCAACCCGCACGAGCAGGAGCAGGAAGAGGAAGAGGAGGAGCUGCCGGACUACACUUCCCAGUAUUCACAGCGCACCAACCCCUACGCUAGCUCCGCCCUGCUCUCCAAGGCCGACCUCUACAGCCUGGAGCGAGAGCUGGACGCCUGGACCCUGCAGUCUGGACACAGCACCGCGGAGUACGCCAAGCUGCACUACCACACCACAGGCAAUGCUAAGCUGAUGACGUCCUCAUGCCAGUCAGGUGGCUCGCUGGACUGGGCAGAUGUGCUGGCACUGACGUCUCAGCGGCGGCCGAGGGAGCACACACACACCGAGGACAGCAGAGACCAACAGCAGAGCUCUGAGGACGAGGAAGACUGGGCCCCUCCCCUUCCGGCGCGGACCUACCUGAUGGACACUCUGGGCCGUGACACGCCCACCCUGCCGCUGAGGGGGUGCAGCGCAGGCCACGCCCCCUCCUACUCCACCUCCUACAGCCUGCAGUCCACCGCCUGCCUCACCCCCUCCCCCCACGACGAGCCUCGCGACGGACACGCCGCCCGCCUGCACCACCUCGACCUCCUCAUGAGGAGUCCGGCCUGCGCUCCAGGCUCUCCUUCCCACCAAACCUGUGCGACUCUGCUGACCAAUCACGAGUUAGGUGACAUCACUCAGCCACACCCCUCUGGCCACUGGCGUGACAUCAUGCAGAUAGAGGAAAUCUCCCCAGAGGAUUCUGGGAAAGGUCAGUUCUCAGCGUUCUCCCCUGAUGUCACCCCGCAGUCGCCAAAGCCCCGAGGCAAGAAGAAGCCCUGUAGGGACAGCCGACGCCAAAACGGCAACGCUGCAGACCUGCCCCCGCCCCCUGAGCCACCCCCCAUGCAUGAGCCCCUGCAGCUCCUAGUGGACGUGCUGGAAGGGGGCAGAUCAGAGCGGGGCAGGAUGGAGGGGGGCAGAUCGGAGCGGGGCAAGAGGAGGCAGGAGAGGGGCAAUAGCUUGGCAGGAUCCACCGAGGGACGCAGGGAGAGACCUGCACGCUGGAACCCAGAAGAUGAGGAGCUGCUGCUGCAUUGUAAGCUGAGCGGAUUGGCCAGAGACGUGGCGGGGGGGCAGGGGGGGUCCUCUCUGACCGGGGGGUCCUCUCUGUCAGGCAGCCUCUCUUCUCUCAGCUCCCACUCCAACACACACACACCCAGCAGCCGCCGGAGAGAGCAGGAUUAG